AUGUCCUCUGCCAUCUCCCCUGCCGACAAUACUCCUUCCACUAGCGUACCCAAGACCCAGGACGUGACGCAUGCAUCCCUUGUCUCCGCUGAAGACACACUGGCCGCUCCGACGAUAAGUCUGGGGACGGUUCACCAAAUAUCGGACAGCCUCUCUACCGACGGUUUUGUCUCCGCUUUCUCCGCCUCCACGCCGACGAGCACAACCGCUCCCACUCCCGACGUCGCAAGCCCACAAUCGCCCGCUUCUAGUGACGCCGAUGGCCAUCCCCACUGGGACGACGUUGUUGCGUUCCACAAUGCCGUCCUGCCCCAGUCGAGCACACCGCCCUUGCCAGACUUUGACAUCCCCAUAACGUGGAGACCUCGUCCGAGUCCUAUGGAGUUGCUACCAGAGGAUCUCUGGCCGCAGUAUAUCAAGGAGUGGUGGCAGGGUCGUUUCGCGAGUGCAUGGGACGGCUUUGAGGCCUUGCCGCCACCGCCUCAGUGA